AUGGGAGACAAGAAGAGCCCGACCAGGCCGAAGCGGCAGCCGAAACCCUCCUCGGACGAGGGCUACUGGGACUGCAGCGUGUGCACCUUCCGCAACGGCGCCGAGGCCUUCAAGUGCAUGAUGUGCGACGUGAGGAAGGGCACCUCCACACGGAAACCUCGACCUGUUUCUCAGCUGGUUGCACAACAGGUUCCCCAGCAAUUCGUGCCCCCUACACAGUCAAAGAAAGAGAAAAAAGACAAAGUAGAAAAGGAAAAAAGUGAAAAGGAAACAACUAGCAAAAAGAACAGUCAUAAGAAAACCAGGCCAAGGUUGAAAAAUGUGGAUCGAAGUAGUGCUCAGCAUUUGGAAGUUACCGUUGGAGAUCUGACAGUCAUAAUUACAGACUUUAAGGAGAAAACGAAGUCACCACCUGCUUCCAGUGCAGCUUCUGCGGAUCAACACAGUCAGAGCGGCUCUAGCUCUGACAACACAGAGAGGGGAAUGUCCAGGUCAUCCUCACCCAGAGGAGAAGCUUCAUCACUGAAUGGAGAAUCUCAUUAAAGUUUAUUUCUUCCAGUCUCUUCUUAGUCUCUUCUCUUCAAAACAUGAAAAUACAUAACUUCUGCCACCUGCUACCACAUUUUCAUGACAGAUUAUCCGUGCACAAUUGAUAUGUUUACUGGAACAUAGUUUAUGCAGUUAAAAAAUGCAGUCAUAGAAAUGAUAACUUAAAUGCAAUCUACUAGUGCUCGCAGAGCAUUUUCAGAUCAACUUUUUUUAAUCUUCAAGUGUAAAGGUGCCAUGAAAAUGUGGUUUGAAUGUUCAUUAUGCAGUGUUAUUGGUAAGUCCAUUUUCACUUUUAGUUUAGUGAAUUCUAACACAGCUCUUGGAUUCUCUACUAUUGGCAUGUACGGAAUUUAAAUUUUUAUAACAUAGUUCAAGCUGCCGAAAUAUGUAUUAUUUGGGAAUUGUGAAGCAUAGUUAUAUGUAUGCAAGUCAAAGAUCAACCUAAUCAAUUAUUUCUGCAACAGAAUUUUCAUAAUAAUUAUCUUCUUAAGAACACCUGCUGGUACUUGGUGUGGUUAAAUAGGAAAAUGUUAUUAAAUAAAACAUUUGUAUGAAUUUUUGCCAAUGUUUGACACAUUUGACUAGGUUACUGUUGCUGAGUUAUGUUGCUGGUUUUACCAUUUUUAUUUACACUUAAAACACUUAUUGUAAUGUUUACAAGCAAAACGGAAGAUAUUCUAAGGAUUGGAAGAUAUUCUAAGGCUUUAUAGUUCAGGGGAAGUACUAGGUUGUCACUGUACACUGGUGUGCUGGACUGUAACAAGUGUAUUGAAUCUCAGGUGACUGAGCAUUUGGCAAAGCGAACAUCUGGAAAUAAGAAGUUUUAGAAAAGCUUUAAAAAGAACCCAAAGUACAAUUCUCUUUUCUGCUUAGUGCUGUUUCCUUGCCCCAAGUUUAUGUAGUGUCAUAGUCACUUAUCAUUUCAUUACAGAGGUAUCAGAUGUUGCACAAGAAUAAGGAAAUAUCAGUACUAUUACUUUUUUUUUUGUUCUGAAAUCACCUUCUUUCAUUUUAAUUUGGCCCUUUAGAAAAUAAGGCAUAACUCAUAUGAGCAAACUUCCUACCCUGCUUUAUGGCAUAAAUUGUCAGCAUAUAGGCACUUAGUAAUAGACUGAAACAGAGCAGAACUAUUUACAAUCCCAUCUGGUAUUAUGUAAAAUUACCAAUAAAAUAUUUUUGUGAAUACAGAUUUUGCAUUUUUGUUUACAACCAAUAAGUGUUUUGAUGCGCACACAUGCACAUAUACACAAAAAUCCAUGUAUAGAUUUAAAGUUACAGAUUGAGUACAAAAGUCCAUUUGGCUCCUUUUUGUGAGGUAGUCCAGUCACUUUCCUGUGAUUCUUUUCAUCCAAAAUACAUAUUUCUUUGCCCAUAUAAAAUUUGGAUGGACCUUUUGAUAGUGAAUACAGCCCUAAAUUAUUACUGAUCUAAGAUGCAUCUUCCUAACAGCUAAAAUGGUGGAUUUUUGUAGCCCCUGACAGUUGUGAUGUUUGGUGGUUUCUUGUAGUAAUGUAUUUUUCUGUUUUUAAUGCAGUACUUCUACAGGCACAAUGGUACUGUCUAUUUUGUAAGAUGCUAGUUGUGAAAUACAGUUGCAUAAAAAAAAAUAGUUGCAUAAAUGAAAGUCUGAUGUGAAAUCUGAGAACAUACAUACCUCAUUCUUUGGUGUUGCUGUUUAAACUUUUUAGACAUCAAAUGUUAAUUAUAGGCUGUUUCAGAUGGAUGACUACUGAUCUAUUUGCUAUGUAUUCUGCUUUAUCUUAACUAAACAGGAUGUUUGUUCAUUGACAUUACCUGGUCAAAUCUUAGUAUCUUUUAAACAAUGUAUUUUAAAGUAUUUAAAUGUUUUGGGGGCUGGGCUGGAGGUCAGAAUAACAUACACUAGUUUUAAGAAGAAAAGUACAUGCUUCUCAACUUUAUUUUUUUAUAUUUUAUUUUUAGGUGGGACUAUUUGCGGAAUAUACUGAUGUAAUGGAUUACGAGAGAAAUGAAACUGUUUAAAGUAAGCAGUUUAAUGAUAGCAAAUCUCAUUGCAAGAUGUUUUAUGGAAUGUGCUUCUAGUUUCAACUGUAAUGAAUGCUAACACAUUUCAUUAGUCCUUGGAAGUAGAUACUAAUUUAUCACCUAUAGUUCGCUAAAUGGGAAUCCUAGUUUCAUUUAAGUUAAUGUGAAUAAACCACCCAGCACCACCUACAAAAGGUCUCUUAUUACCUGUGGAAAUAAGUAGCCAUUUGGUGUGGAAGGAGAGGAGAACUGAGUGGAUUUGCUAUGAUUCAGCUGUCACUAGAGAAUUAUCUCAAGAAUUUGGUAAAGGUAUCUUUGUAAUGAGGAGGGUGCGGAAAGGGCUGCUUGAAAUCCCUGUUCUUUUUGGAAUAAGACUUAAAAAAGCAAUUUUUUUUUUAAAUACAAAUGCAAGUCAGCUAGGAUCUAAAGACUGAGCUGUGGUGGUGGCUCUAGCUGAAGGAGUAAAUAUUACCUAGCGAGUGUUUAAAAUACAGUGAUGCUUGUUGCGGCAUUAAACAAAAUUAUUUUUGCCCAUUUAUGAUUAAAGGGAUGUUGACAGUAGUAACAACAGAAUAGACAAACGCAGUGGAGUUUUGCAGUUUCACUCUGAUCAUGUUACAAAGAUAAUUUAAAUCAGUUUCACUUUCAUGGCUUCUAAAUCAUUUUGACUUGUAGUAAUCCUAAAUCCUUUUUCUAACUGUAAAUAUAUUUAAAAGCAUCUUUACUCCAUUUAUAAAAAGUGAAAAUCUAAUGUUGUAAUGUGUUUUGAUUAGCUUUUUUUUUUCUCUCUGUGACUGUUUUCUGCAUAUGAAUUGUUAUUUGUUAAAUCCUGAAUAUGCACCAGUCUUCAACAGCCAUACGUUCUGGGUUGCCAUGAAGUGAUGACCCAACAAAGACAAAUGUGAUGGUGUUCCAUGUAAAUAAGCUCCUUUAUGUGCUGUUUGAUUGUGCAGUUUUAGAGAGGAGAGGGAUGGGGAGGGAAGGGAAAGGGGAAAAAUGAACUAUAGUUAAUUCACUGAUAAAGUAUAUGAUUGUUCAGUCUUCUAUCUUCCUAACUGCUAGUAAUUAUAGGAGGCAUAAGGAAAUGAUUAAAUAUGUAGAGUAUGAGCUGUUUUUCUGAAAUUGAGUCUGUGUAUUGGAGAUAAAUGAAAGUUGUUCUACUUAGUAACAAAUUCUGCUGUAUAAAAUCUGGAUUCUAAGAGAAGUCAUAGUAAAAAAAAAAAAAGUUCAAAAACUAGCUUUAAAAAUCUUGAUGUUGAAAGUCUUGAAACUGAGUAGGACUGAAAUUUUAGCCUAUUACAUGUUCCUCUAGGUAUUUGAUGUUUUUAGACAUAAAUUAUAUAGUGCGAACAAUUCAGUUUUGAGAUUCUACAAUUUCUGCACUUUACAAUUUUUAAUAUUACAGAUAGCUUUUUUUUUUCUUCUUGUUUUGUAUAAACAUAUGAGAUAGAAUACUUUCUAUAAUUUGUUUCCACCAGUUCUUUACAGUGUUCAGGCGGGUCUUCUAAACUUGACACAGCUCUAUGGCUUCACAUCUUCUGUUUUUAACUUGUAUCUAUUCUGUCUCCAAAGACUGACAGUUUUCCAGACAGUUUGGCUAUAUGUUCCUAUGCAGGGUGGAUAUGGCAGGGAACUCUAUUGUGUUCCUUCGUGUACAUCCUUUUUCUUUUUUUCCCGUAUCUGCUGUCAUAUAACUUUUGUUCUCUACUAGGGACUCUGGGUGUGCUUCCUUCUAAAUGUCAGAAACCAUAUGGAAAAGGAAACUAAUUUAUUUCUUGUUUAGAAUAGAAUUGCAGUAAACUUGACCUGUGCUUUCUCAGGAAUAAGAUAGAUAAGAUUGCUAGUGGACCAGACAAAUAUUUUAUUUAGCAAAAAAAAAAAAAAAAAAAAAAGCAUUUUUAUGUUAAGAUUUGGAUGUGCUGGAAAUGCUGUUUGAGCUUUAGAACCUUUUUGCUACGUGCAGUCAAGCCCUAACUGCUGUCAAAGCAGCCUCAGUUUGAAGGGUUGUGACUUCCCGUCCUCGCCAAAGCUGCACGGGGAAGUCAGGCGAGCCGAGGAGAGCGCAGUCAGUUGCUUCUGCACUGUCAAAACUCAGACAAGAGAAGAGGGGGAAAAGGUUCAAGAGAUUUGUCUCGGACAAUAAUCAGAUAGUGUGCUUAAUUUAGUAUCUAAAGAGCUACGUCUUAAUGAGAAUCAACAGUAUUUGACUACUAUUAAAGUUAACAAACUAAUCAGAAAGCGGGGCUU